GCCUCUAUUCUACAUGUACAAAUGGCGCGCCCGUGCCCCAUGCACUAUGCAGCACAAAUCUGACUGUUGCUUCAUCGUCCAACUCAAUGCUGAUCCCCUAGUCGGUUUAUGCAGAUCCUUGUUCCAUCACAUCUCUUCGAACGCGCCUAUACGAUACUUUCAAACCAUUGCCCACUGCGGACGGGAACAUGAUGUUAUCCGGUUUGCGACAGCAGCCUCCAAUACAUUGACGACGACCCGCUUGCGACGUUAAAGCACUUAGUGUCGAUAUCUAACACCUCCUUCGAGCAUCGGCUCGCAUAGAGUACUUUCCCACCCGGGUAAAAUCGCCGUUUGAAGGGCAGUUGGAUAUCGGCGUUCCAGCGUCCCUUCGCACGGCGCAGAUAUGUCUUCUGCCGACAAAUCCAGGCAAUCUUCAGGCGGCAAAGGGUUUUUCUCACGAAGCAAACACAAGAGCGAGAAGCGGCAUACCGGCAGCGAGGAAGGCCGCUUCCUAGCCCCAGACUACGAGCCGUCUUCGCGGUCUUCUCGACAUGUGCGAGAGUCUUCUAUUACGUCAGUCGAUCGGCCCAAUACCCCUGAUGCUAGUGUGAACAGCUCGACUGCAAGUAUAGCUGUUGUUCCCUAUGGUAAUACACAUAACGAUCGAGGUCCAAUCCCCGUUGAUUAUCUUCCACGGUCUGAUCAAAUGCCUACUCGGCGCGAUUCGCCCAACAAAGGCGCUGCUGACUACUACCAAUAUCCAUCUGAUAGCAACGGCUUAGCCGGCUCUCACCUCUCAGCUUCACGCCCUCCCCCCGGAUCUAGCAAUAUUACAAUGGCAACAAUUGGUCGCCAAACACAAUUCCAGCAAUGGGGACCACACUCGGCCACACAACCUUCUAAGGGUAACACGGGCGGUGGACCUUCGUCUUCAUAUAAUGAGAGAUGGGAUUCUCUCCCCGGCUGGGGUCAGCCGGGCUUUGGUAGGACUUCACGGCAAAGUGACCAGUCCAGCAUUUUUUCAGCACUCCCCAGUGCAACCUCUCAGAGCUCGGUUACCUCCAGCAGAGACUCACACCGAUUAACCAAAUUUCCCGCCCCUCCCGUGCAGCAACAGCUGGGCGGUUCAGACGGGUUCUCUCUCACGCGACCGGACGAUGACCGACUUACUGAACAGAUGUUUUACGAAUUGAUGCAAAAGCGAGGAUGGCACAACCUCCCCGAGCAGGCGCGGCGGCAAAUGCAGGCAUACCCGUCCUCCAAAAAAUGGACACUCAUUUACCAAGAUCGUUUAACUGAGUGGCAGGGAGAACAGAAACGAAGACAGACAGCCCGGACGGGCCAAUACUCAAAUGUCGAUAUCACUACAAAUUCUGACGAGGAAGGUUCUCCCGAGUGGUACGUUCGGAAAGUGAUGGAGAAUAGCCUGGAUUCCAAAGGCCUAGGUAGUCUUGAGGUCAAUCUGAGGACACAACAGAUCGGUUGGGUGAGGCGCUUCAUCGAAUGUCAAGGGCAGGUGGCUCUCACCAAUGUUCUGCUCAAGAUUAACCGCAAGACCGCAGUGGGACCGGCCGCUCCCUCAGACUCCAAAUCGAGUGACAAGAACUUGGACAAGGAAUACGAUAUUAUAAAGUGUUUGAAAGCUUUACUAAACAACAAGUAUGGCGCAGACGACGCGCUGGCUCACCAACAAGUUGUUGUGGCUCUGGCAACGUCGCUCAUUUCACCAAGGCUCACGACCCGGAAACUUGUCAGUGACGUCUUGACUUUUCUUUGCCACUGGGAGGAUGGGAGCGGCCAUCUGAAGGUCAUCCAGGCCAUGGAUUAUGUCAAAGCGCAACAAAACGAGAAUGGGAGAUUCGAUGCGUGGAUGCGAUUGGUAGAAGUUACUGUUGAUGGCCGUGGAAAGAUGGGCAGCCUUGUCGGUGCUAGCGACGAGGUACGAACCGGCGGUAUUGGCAUGGAAAACCUACUCAUGGAGUAUGCUGUGGCUACUCUCAUUCUGGUGAACAUGAUCAUCGACGCGCCGGAAAGAGAUCUCCAGCUUCGUAUGCAUAUCAGAGCCCAAUUCGGUGCUUGUGGCAUCAAGCGGAUCCUCACGAAAAUGGAAGGGUUUCAAUAUGACCUGAUAGACAAGCAAAUUGAACGGUUUCGCACCAACGAAGCCAUCGAUUACGAGGACAUGCUGGAGCGGGAGAACAGUAGUAUGAAAGAUAGUAUUGAAGGGGAAGUUAAGGAUCUUAAUGAUCCUGCCCAGAUCGUGGACGCCAUUCAGCAACGCCUACAAGGCACGAAAACUCAGGAUUACUUCGUAUCUGCUCUCCAGCAUCUUCUCCUCAUCCGUGAGAAUGAUGGAGAGGAGCGGCUGCGAAUGUUCCAACUUGUCGACGCAAUGCUCAGUUAUGUUGCGAUGGAUAGGCGUCUACCGAAUUUGGAUCUCAAGCAGAGUCUUAAUUUUACGGUACAGAACCUUUUGGACAAACUCCAUACAGAUUCUGAGGCUCGGCAAGCCCUAGAUGAGGCCUUAGAAGCGCGUCAAAUUGCCGAGGCCGCCAUGGCGGAGCGGGAUGAAAUGAAAGCUAGAGUUGAGCUUGGUGCUGAUGGGCUGGUAGCCAAGCUACAGAGGCAACUAGAUGAACAGUCACGCUUCAUUGAGGCCCAGAGGCGACAAGCUGACGGACUGAAAGCUGAAAUUGAAAACAUGCAGACGAUCCGCACGAAAGAGGCUCAACGUUAUGAGUUAGAGACACGAGAACUUUACUUGAUGUUAAGAGACGCCCAAGACGUUGCCGCAUCACAGGCUGCCAAGGGCGCCAUGAGCAACAAAACAGGCCAAGAAGAUGCUUCCCGUAUGCAAGGUAUUCUUGACCGUGAAAAACUCAUGGAUCGACUUGCUAUGCAGCUGGAGAGGCAAAAGACCCAAUACAAGCUUGAAGGUCGUGUCUGGGGCGAUGCUGUAGGACCCUCUGAUCGGCUACGUGCACUCCGUGAGGAGAUGGAGGGUUAUGACCAGUCUUAUCCGGAUGCCCCUGAAGGCUCCGGUCUGCCACCUCCAAGCAUAUCUAGUGGCAUGCUUGGAUCUGUCAGGCGGAACACUAAGAUCCCAAGAAAGCCUGUUGGCACACAUGGUGGACCCCCUACUGACGGUGAAAGACCUGGAGAUGACGAUGAGACCAUUUAUGAGAAGCCUAGGGUGGUUGAGAUCAGGAGGCCUGUCAUGGACCCUAAACAAGCAAAUAAUCUCAUGGAUGAAAUCCGGGCAAAGGGUAAGCUGGAUGGAAGUGAUUCCGAUGACGGAGAUGGUACUACCACCGGGCCAUCACACCCAAGUCUCGAGUCCCAGUCGCCGAUAACUCCAAGCGACAAUGAUACUCCGAAGAUUCAAGUUGAUGAUACUACCGCUCCGCCUCCACCGCCCCCGCCUCCUCCCAUGCCAGGACACUUGCCAGGAGCUGCGCCGCCUCCGCCACCACCUCCCCCUUUGCCCGGACAGCUUCCUGGUGCUGCUCCCCCUCCACCGCCGCCUCCCCCGCCACCAAUGCCUGGGAUGCUGGCAGGUGCUCCACCGCCGCCGCCGCCGCCUCCCAUGCCCGGCGCUCUUUCAGGAGCUCCUCCUCCUCCCCCUCCUCCACCGCCAGGUGGCCUCGGAGGAAUGCCUCCACCACCUCCCCCACCCAUGCCAGGCGCAAUAUCUGGACAUUUCUUAUCUUCUCGAAACAAUUUCGCGCCUACACUGCCCGGUAUUGGACUUCCAGUAGUUAGGCCCAAAAAGAAGCUAAAAGCUCUCCAUUGGGAAAAGGUCGAUGCUCCAGAGACAAGUCAUUGGGCGGCCCACACUCCCUCUGCAGAGGCUAGGGAAGAGAAAUAUAUUGAACUCAGCAAGAAGGGGAUCCUGGAUGAAGUCGAGAAGCUUUUCAUGGCUAAAGAGAUCAAGAAAAUUGGUGGCGGAAACUCUAAGAAGGACGACAAGAAGCAAAUCAUCUCUGCCGAUCUUCGAAAAGCUUAUGAAAUUGCAUUUGCCAAGUUCUCUCAGUAUUCAGUUGAGAAAAUUGUGCAGAUGAUCAUCCACUGUGAUAACGAACUACUUGAUAAUGGCGUUGUCAUGGAUUUCCUGCAGAAAGACGAUCUCUGCAAUAUCCCGGACAACACUGUGAAACUCAUGGCUCCAUACAGCAAGGAUUGGACUGGUCCCCAGGCUAAUAAGGAAACCCGAGAACAGGAUCCUGCGGAGCUUACCAGACAGGAUCAGAUUUAUCUCUAUACUGCUUUCGAGCUGCACCACUACUGGAAGAGCAGGAUCCGAGCACUGGCUCUCACGAGAAGCUACGAAUUUGACUACGACGAGAUCGCAGAAAAGAUGCAUCAAGUUGUUUCGGUAUCAGAGUCGUUGCGUGAUUCAGUAUCAUUGAUGAACGUUCUUGGUCUUAUUCUCGAUAUUGGUAAUUAUAUGAAUGACGCUAAUAAGCAGGCUCGUGGCUUCAAAUUGAGCUCGCUCGCUCGCUUAGGCAUGGUUAAGGAUGACAAGAAUGAAUCUACACUUGCCGAUCUCGUUGAGCGUAUCGUUCGCAAUCAAUACCCCGAAUGGGAAGGGUUUGCUGUUGAUAUCCAGAGCGUCAUUACGGCGCAGAAGAUCAAUAUUGAGCAGUUGCAGGUUGAUGCGAAGAAGUAUAUUGACAACAUUCGAAAUAUCCAAAUGUCCCUCGACAGUGGCAACCUUAGUGAUCCUAAGACGUUCCAUCCGCAGGAUCGUGUCGCUCAGAUCGUCCAGCGCUGCAUGAAGGAUGCCCGCCGAAAGGCCGAACAAAUGGAAUUAUACCUAGAAGAAAUGAUGCGGACGUACAAGGACAUAAUGGUCUUCUAUGGCGAAGAUCCGGCAGAUGAUAGUGCUCGACGCGACUUCUUUGCCAAGCUAGCAUUGUUCUUACAGGAGUGGAAGAAGAGUCGAGAAAAGAACAUUCAAUACGAGGAGACGCGACGUAGGAAUGAGGCCAAUAUGAAGCGCAAGCACCCACAACUCAAACUAUCAGGGACCGCUGAGGGUGCGCCACCGUCACCCCAGUCGGCUGGUGCUAUGGAUUCUCUGCUUGAGAAAUUACGGGCGGCCGCGCCUCAGGCUAGAGAUCAGCGGGAAAGAAGAAAGAGGCUUCGACUCAAAGAGAGGCACCAAGUACGGAUCGCAUCGGGUCAAAAGAUACCCGAUCCCAAUGAGAUUCCAGAGGCUGAAGCUGGACUACGCCAAAAUGAUGACAUAGGUGGCAUAGAUUCCGAAGGGAACCCUUUCUCCCCUAAUCUCCUAUCGCCGGGAUCUGCACCUUCCGAAACCAGCGAAGAUGGUGUAGCCCAGAGAGCUGCCAUGUUGCUACAGGAUAUGAGAGGGGGCGAUGGCAAUGAUGAUGGGGAUGGAGAGCAAAAGGAAAGCCUCAGGAGGUCAGCGGCAGAAGAAAGGAGAGCCAGGCGGCGGAGACUAAAGGGCGCAUCAGCCUCAAGCUCCAAUUCAGCCGAGGGAGAGGGCAGUGCUGGGAAUUCAGGCGCCGCUGAAAUCCCAGCCACUGUGCCCGAGGAAUAAUUUCGGCACCUGGCACUGAACCUCGAGUCAUAAUGUAACUCUUCUUGUGAUGACACGGCACCUAUACUAUACCCCCUUAGUAUCUACACGUAUAUAUGAUAUAAUGUCUAGAACACCAUUAGUCCACAGCGGGCGAGUAGAAAGAACUACUAGCAUGAGUCGGCUGAAAGGUAUCAGACUCGCAUCAAAGACAAUUAACAAAGCGACUUGGUCGCAAUUUUUGUUGGUGUAA